UUUGGGUUAGAAGAGACCUUAAGAUCAUCAAGUUUUAAGUCUCUGCCAUGGCAGAGGCACCUGUGACUAUAUACCAGAUUGAUCACAACCCCAUCCAGCCUGACCUUGGACACUUCCAGGGAUGGCCACAACUUCUCUGGGCAACCUGUUCCAGUACCUCAUCACCCUCACAGUAAAGAAUUCCCUCCUGAUAUCUAAUCUAAACCUGAGUUCUUUUAGUGUAAAUUCAUCAUCCCCUUGUCCUGACCCCACAUACCCAUGUAAAAAGUCCCUCUCCAACUCUUUUAUAGACCCCUUUAUGUAGUGGGCUGCUGCUGGAAUAUCUCCCUUGGAGCCUUCUUUUCUCCAGGCCAAACAACCCUACCUCUCUCAGCUUCUCUCAGCACAGGGGAGGUGCUCCAGCCCUCUGAUCCUCUUUGUAGCCCUCUGGACUCACUCCAGCAGGUCCCUGUUGUUCUGAUGGGAGCCCCAGAGCUGCAUGCAGUAGUCCAGGUGGGGUCUCAGGAGAGUCACGUAGAGGGGGAGAAUCACAUCUCUCAACUCACUGUAUGGAUCUCAUUCUUUUUGUUAGAUACUUCCUUUUUCUUCCCUUUAUUUGACUUGUUUAUUUGGAUAAUAUAACUAUUAAAUUCUCUGUUGUCUGGACAGCAGCUUGUUGUUGACAACCUUGAUGUUAGCCUGUAAGCAUUGCUGUAACAUAAGCAGCCAAUUCACAGGGAGAAAUAAUGGCAAGAAGAUGAAAGAAGAGGAAAAGUCCUAAUUAAAAAAAAAACAAACAUGAAAGAGCAAGACAGUGUUGUCUAUGCAUGUGUUGGAAAACCAAGGGUUCUGUAUGUUAGGUUAAAAGCUUUCUUAUUAGUAUCUGGAAUUUCAAAGGAUAUCCUGAUACAAUGCCCAAGGCUUCAUGUUGAGAAAAUGGCAAAGCUUUUUGGUUUUUUUCUAAAAGCAGUAUCAGUUGAUUCUGUAAACAUGUGUUCCUUUUGCUGCAGUGAUAUAAUUCUUUGUAUCUACUUUGCUUUUAAGGAAAAGAGUUUUUAACCUGAUAAUGAUAAUAGUGAUACACAAUGCCUGAUCAGGACAAAAAGCUGAAGAGCACAGAAAAUAAAGAAAAAAAAAAGCCUCCUGGGAUCUCUAUGAGGGAUUAUUCUGAUCCAAAAAAGCUUCAGUCUCUCUUAAGUGUUCAGUCAAGGAAUCAACAGCUUCCAGCUACAUAUAUUGAAAGUGGUCAAACCAGUGUGACAAGAUCUUGGCAAAAUGUCAAAAGCAAUGUGAAGUCCAGUGGUCAAUGGCAAGAAUCAACAGAAGCUGUUGAGCUUGAAAAUUUUAGUGUGACUUACAAUAAUGAGAGAAAUUUUAAGCAUCCCAAGCAUCAGGUGUUUCAAGAUAUCUUUACAACUUUAGUUAAGGACAGACUGACCUGCAGAUCAUGGGUUAUUCAAGCUCUGUGCAUCCAUUUUCUUUGAGUAUUAAUCUGCCUGAGAUUAUUAAUGAGGGAUUCAUGCUACCAGGUCAAAAUGCUCCACAGCCUGAGUGGAAUUAAAAAUCUAGCUCAGUAUAUGGAAACAGUAGCAAAUUGUUAUCUUAAUUACAGAGAAGAGCAGCAUAAUGUAGACAAGUUGGUCAGCGUGACAUAUAUUUUCCAAAAGCUUGUUGCUGUUAGAAAUCAAAGAGAAUGAGUUAUAGCAAGUGGAGCACAUAAAACCUUAGUAAAUUUAUUAUCUGCCAGAGACAGUAAUGUGUUUUCUGGUGCCCUCCUUGCUCUGACUAGCUUAGUAGAAUGUCCAGAAUAUAGGGAAGAGAUAAGUGAGAUUGUUGAGAGCUUGCUGGUGAUAUUACAUGAACACAAUUUUCUCUCUAACAGGUUCACAACAGAGUUGCUAUGACUCCUUUGUGCAGAGUCACGAGUCAAAGAGCAAAUAAAAAUGUAUGAAGGAGUUCCAGUCCUGCUCAGUUUGCUCCUUUCUAAUUACAUCAAACUUCUAUGGAGUAUAGUUUGGAUUCUGGUACAAGUUUGUGAAGAUCGUGAGCCUAGUGUGGAAAUUUGGAUCUGGGGUAGAAUCAAGCAGCUCCUUCAUAUGUUACAGGAGGAAAGAAGUCUUGUAUCUGACCCUUGUAUCACUCUUCAGUUGGAAGUUUUUUCUAGUGCAAAUGCAGCAGGGACAAUCCAGUAUCUUCAUUUGUCAGAUGAGCUGAAUCCUGAUGAGAUACAAGAACAUAGUUUCUCACUUCAAGCAGCUUGUUGUUCUGCAGUUACUUAACUGCUGCUCAGUGAGACUGAUGCUUACCAGGUUGUACAGGCAAAUGCAAUAUAGUCAACAGCAAAGCUAAUUUUAUCAAACAAAGAAAGGAAUGCUGAAAAAGCCAAAUAUUUGCAGUGUUGGUUGCUUUUCCUUUUCAGAGCCCUGAGAUUUCUCUUCAGUAAGGAAAGAAAUCAACAUAUUUUUGAAAGGUGUAUAACAUUGUAUGUAGAGAUGGAGCUCAUGGAAGGGGUGCCAUUGGGAGAAACUUUCACCUUUGAAGGAAAGCAACAACAAUUUACAGAAGACAGAAUAUGGCAUAUAUUUAUUAUGCUUUGUCUAGCUCUUUGUUAUUUGCAUAAAGAGAAAAGGAUUGUUCAUUAAGAUCUCACUGUGAACGAUGUCAUGUUGGGGGAUAAAGACAAAGUUACAAUUAUUGAGCUUGUCUACUAUCUCUCCUACUGUCCUGUCUCCAACAGUGGGAAAAAACCAAUAUCCUUAGUGUUAAAGGGUGAGCUGCAUGGAGAGAAGGCUGAUGUCUGGGCUGCAGGAUGCAUCCUUGAACAGAUGGCCACUCUGAACCCACCAGUUUACAGCACCAAUAUGCCCUCCUUGGCAGCUAAGAUAGUAGGGGUUGUGUAUGAACCUGUGCCAGAAGGACUGUACUCUGAAAAAGUCUCAUUUACCAUUAAGAGGUGCUUGACUCCUGAUGCAGAGGCACGUCCAGACUCAGUAGAAGUCAGCUCACUGCUGCUUGAUUUGAUGAUGAAAUACCUGGAUAUUUUAUCCACCUCUCAUCUCACUCUGGAGAAGAAAUUGGAUUGGGAGAGGAGAUGAACCCAGGGGUACUUCAUGGAGGCUAACUGAAAUGCAGUAACUUAUCACCAUCCACUUCCCAUUUUAUCACAAAAAAACGACGAGAAUUUGAGUCUGCAUCAUAGCAGCAGUGGAGCAGCCAGUUGCAAAAGUGAAUUUUCAGAAAAUACUGAACUUCAUGUUCACACUUGGCAGUCUGCACAUGGAAAAGAUGAGGAAAGAACAUAUGAAGCAAUCCUGGUAGAGGAUGACAGGACUAUGGAGAAAGGUAGUCAUUAGCAAAAAAAGCAUCAGGUAUUUUUUAUGAAUGACGAUGAGAGAGACACAGUGGACAAUUCAAGCAGCUCCAGUUCAAGGAAUUUCAAACAGUCCGCUGUUGGUAUAGUUAAACCAAGUUUUAGUGUUUCUGAAAGACAGCCUCAGAUAGGAGAUUGUCUUGACAGAUCUGGAUCAAGACUGCGAUCAGCAUCGGCAGGAAUUGCUGUAUCCCAAAGGAAGGUGCAUCAGAUCAGUGACCCUCUUCAGCAGAUUCUUGUUCAGCUGCACAAAAUUAUCUUCAGCACUCAACUUCCUCCAGCUUUGUAAUACAACUUGAAAAGGAGAAUCAUUGAGAGAUUCAGGAAGGCCCUCUUCAGCCAGCAGAACAAUCCUUGUAAACUGAAAUCAGAAAUCAAAAAGAUACUUUUAAAUGCUGCUGAAUUGAUUGAACCCAAUAUCUUCACAGCAGAUUGGCAUGGGGUAAAUCUUUCUUCAGGUGGAAAUAUGUUGCUUCCAGAUGAUAGAAAAGGCAUUCUUGGCACUUCUGGCAUGGCAGAAGGGAUGACAGUUGCAGGUAUCUCUACUAUCCUGAAGGGAACAAAGAACUAUCCAGCAAAAGAAGAGAACGUGUGGUUCUAAACAGGGGGUUUGGAAUUGUUCCUAAUGAAGUCAACCUGCCUGUACUUCAGCAGAGGCUGAUUACCAAAGGGUCAAGCUUUGCUCAUUGUAUUGCAUACCAAUGUGGAACAGCUUCAAGUAUCAUUUCCAGAUGAUACUCUUUAGCUUUGUUUACAGCAUAAGCACUUUACAAGAAGCAUUGAGAAAAAUGCUUCUAGGUUUAUACAUUAGGAAAAAAGCACAGUUCUCAAUAGUACAUAUUUUCUAUUUUUAGAAUUUUUUUUUAAGCUGUUGCAUAGUCAGGUUUUCUGGAGCAAUGGUUUGGUAGCCUUAUUUAUAUUCAUGUAUGCCUUCUGUAAAGAAAAAGAGCUUUGUAAUGUGACCAGACAGAAAAUAUGUGUAGAUUCUAGAAUUAGAAACAGAUUAAAUACCAUCAGUAUGAUUUUAAUAUUUAGAAGGAGCUUCACUUCUUACGUUUGGAUAGUAGCAAAUUCUAAUGCUGAUGUGACGUGUUAAUAGUCACUAUUUACAACUGAGACAGCUUCUGAAAUCGUUGUUAUUUUAAAACCAGCUGGUUUUACUGCUAUUUCUGUCUUCAUAUUAUAUGUCUGUAGCCACCCAUUGUAUAGA